AUGGAGAAGGAUGAUGGCGGUGCGUCAUCUUGCGGAGUGUCACAUUGGAUGGAUUGGCAAUGGGUGCCGAUCGAGGUCGUCAAUGAGGUUGCUCGGGUUGCUCCUCCGGUGGGCCAUCUUCCUGAUUUAAUGGUAUGGAGACCGUCACAGUCGGGACGGUUUACAUUACAGUCUGCGUUUCAGCUGGUGCGCCGGCGUGCCAAUAGCUCCUUCAUGUCUCGAAGAACGUGGCACCCGGUGUUACCCUUGAAAAUCUCAUUCUUCUUAUUACGAAUAUUACGUGGUCGCUUACCGGUGGAUUGCUGCUUAUGGAGAUUUGGGGUUCAGGGGCCGUCCAAGUGUGGGUGCUGCCCAUCCCCAAAUAUGGAGACGAUAGAGCAUGUCUUUGCUGAGGGUGACAUGGCAUCACGGGUUUGGCAUUUCUUCGGGGAUCCAGUGGCCUGGUGGUAUGGGAAGAGGAGCAAUCGGUAUUUGGCCUUUAUUCAUCACAUUCUUCCGCUUCUGAUUUGCUGGCACCUGUGGAAACUCAGAAACUCCAUGAGAUAUGAGGGGAUCCAAGUAGGGUUUGACAGGUUGUGCAACUUGGUCAUGUCCGAUCUCCUGGAGCUGUUUGCAUUAUACUUCCGGCAACGUAGUUCCUUUCCAGCGGCUUGGGUGCACUUUUAUGUAGAAAUUUCCCGGUGGGCUCCACGGGUGUCCUAUACGCUAGUGAGUGGGUCUCGGCCUUCAGAUGAUGUGCUCAAAUUCAAUACUGAUGGGUGUUCCAAGGGUAACUCCGUAUUAGUGGGGGAGGAGGGAUUCUUCGGGAUGGCGGUGGCAGGUUGCUCUUGGCGUUUUCCUGCUAUCUUCGCCAAGCUUCUAGUCUACAAGCCGAAAUUGGACAUCGAGGUUGAUUCUCUCAUUUUAGUCCAUAUUCUACUUGGUAAGACUGGUUGUCCUUGGAGUGUUUAUCAAGAGAUACAGCAGUUGUUUGCGUUGAAGGAUCACAUUUUACGGGUUAGCCAUUGUCUCCGCCAGGCAAACCAAGUUGCAGAUGUUUUGUCAAAGGUUGGGUGUGCUCAGGAGGGAGAGGAGAUUUACACUUCCACAUCAACAUUACCUCCGGCGGCUAGAGGAGCCAUGUGCUUAGAUAGGAUAGGGUUUCCAUCUGUUAGGAGGAUUGUCCAUGGCCAGGUAGGGGAGUAG